CUCAAAGCGCCCAUACAAUAUUGUACUGUAAUAUUGUGGUACAAAAACUUUAUAUGUGAUGAUGGAAUCGCUUUGCAAUUUUGCAAUGGUACCCCCAAGCUCUGCAUGCAGCUUCUUGGGUUGAGGGCGUUCGGGCUCCGAUCAAUCAGCGGGUUACUGUUACUUUGGGAAUGGCUCAAGUGCAGGGGGGAGUUGGUAUUACCAUUGCAGGAGCGCAUGAUCAACUUGGGGGGGUUAUACCAAGCUGGGCAGAGUGCGCCGCGCGCGGUUCGGCACGUUCCGCAUCUCGACGCAACGUAUCCCACGAAUAUGAUUCUCUGGCUACCACAGCACAUGCAUAUGCGCUUAAGGACUGGUUGCGUUUGAGCAUGCGACAACAUC